AUGGCGUCUUUCGCGCAUCCCGAGUCGUCGGACUCAUCGCAGCGUCGUGAAAGAGCUGCCAUGGCCGCCCAGGCUUGUCAAAAAUGCCGCAACCGCAAGAGCAAAUGCGACGAGCAACGGCCCAAAUGUGGGCUAUGUCAGCGCCUCAAUGUGGAUUGCGAGUAUCGAGAGCCUUUGCCAACGAAGAAAGACAAAACCAUUGUGCACAUCCUAGACACCUUGACCCGAUUGGAGAACAAGUUCGACAAUAUGGCCAUUACACAAGGAAGCAGUCCGGACUUGAACUCAUCUGGCGCCUGUGCUUCGGUGAGUGGGACGUCGUCGGUGUCGCUCGACAAGGCCUCACGAAGCGAGACUGGACAGCGGAAUACAGAAGGGUCGGCUUCCAGCGCCAAUGUGCAAAAGUCUUAUCAGCACCUCACGGUACCCCACAAGAUCAUGCUGUGGCCCGGCAUAUACAUACAUCUACUCAAUUCUGGUAUCUCGGCUGCAUCUGACUUGCAGUACGUCCUCCAAGAAGGAACGCCAUGA